AUGUCACAGAAGCUGAGUGAAUACCUGGCGAAAAGAGCCAAUGGGAAUGGGAAUGGUCAGAGGAAUAAUAAUAGUAUAAACAAACAGAUCAGUAGUAAUGGUACAAAUGGUAAUAAUGGUGGAGAAGUUAAGAAAUCAAAUGAUAAUAGUGAAUUGAAGACAGAAGAAGUUAUAAGAACACCACAAUGGGAUGAUGAUUUCCAAAAUUUCAGUGAUUCUUUUUAUAAAUCAGGUCAAUUACCACCUCCAUUAUCUCCAAAUAUACCAUCAAUUUAUUGUGAUGAUGAUGAUUUAACAAAUUUAAAUAUACCAAGAAUGUUAUCACCAACUUUACCAGAUAUUUAUAAUGAAAAUAAAAUCAGAGAAGAAGAUCAUGAUGAAGAUGUUGAUUCUUUGAUACAACCUAUACCAACAAGACCUAAUAAUAACCACAAAUUACAAUUAAAUAAAAGUGAUGAAGAUUCAUAUUCAGAUAAUUCAUUAUCAAUUUCAAUACCCAAUAAACCGAUUAAAAGGAAAUCAUUUGAAAAAAUAGAAAAUUAUGGAUUACAUCAACUUCGAUUCAUUGAAAAAGGUGAUGAUAAAUCAUUAUUUGUUACAUUAAAUGUUCCUUCAUAUUAUAAAAAUAAUAAAAGAAUUAAGAAAUCAAAUUCAACUACAAAAUUACAAGGUUUAGGUAUCAAACAACAACAAGCGGGUGAUCAAUCAAGACCAAUAGAACCUAGAGCAAAUAUCAAGAAGAGCGUUUUCAAUACAAAUUCUGUUCAUUCACCAUCACCUUCAAUACAUUCAACAUUUUCAUCAAAAUCUACACCUAAAGUACAAGAUCAACAUUUAGCUCCUCCAUCAACAUCAACAUCUUCAACUUCAUCAUCAAGUGAACAUCAAAAUCUUAAAUUACAAAAUGAAAAAUAUUUAAAGAUUGCAAGUGUUAAAAAGCAUAAAGGAGAUGAAUUAAGAGAAAAAAAUUUAAAAUUAGGUCUUACGUAUUUUAUGGAUUCAUUAAUAAUCUAUCUGGUUGCUUUCAAUUAUGAAGAUCAAUCAAGAAGAGUUGCUAAGAAACUGUUUAAUGAUAAAUUAUGGUUAAGUUUAAUAUCAUUAAUUGAUCAUACAUUAAGAUUAAGUAAAGAAGUUGGAAUUAAUGAUAUUGCAGGAUUAUGUUUACAAAUUAAAGCUGUUGUUUAUGAACAUGUUUGUAAUAUUUUAAAUGAAUUUAUUCAAUUAAAGAUUCUGAAGAGAAAACAUGUUAAAUCAGAUGUUGAAUUAAUUAAAAUUGAUGAUAGUUUGGUUAAUCAUUAUAAAAAUUAUAAUAAAUUUAUAGAAUUAUCAAAACAAUCAUUCAUUGAAAGUGAUGAAUAUCUUUCAAUUUUUAAAUUACAAGAUAAAUAUCCAAAUAUUAUUAAAUUAUUUGAAAAACAAGGUAAAACAAGAGAAAAUAAGUCAACAAAAGAUUAUUACCUAAGACCAAAUGAAGAUUUGAUUCAUUUACCAAUAAAUACAGGGAUUACAUUAAAAGAAAUAUGUUCGUAUAGUUUAAAAGUGAUGAAACAAUGGUGUGUGAAUGAAAAGAUACGAUAUGAAGAUUGGACAUUUUAG